UCUCCGGCUUUUCUCUUUUUCUCGGUUGCCAUGGCGAUGACGUCAAGUUGCACCACGGGCUCCAAGCCCAGUAGGCGUGCGCGCGCGGGGAGAGGAGGGGUGGAGAGAGACAGAGAGAGAGAGAGAGAGAGAGAGAGAGAGAGAGAGAGAGAGAGAGCAUCUCAAACCACCUCCAUCCAGCGCUUUUAGCAGAGGCAGCGGCAGCAGCCUAGACCCCCGAGCUCGCGAGCAGUCAGUCAGUCAGUCAGUCAGCGCCCCUCAGCAUCAUGCGCGAGAUCGUGCACCUGCAGGCCGGCCAGUGCGGCAACCAGAUCGGCGCCAAGUUCUGGGAAGUGAUCAGCGAUGAGCAUGGCAUCGACCCGACUGGAGCGUACCACGGAGACAGUGAUUUGCAGCUCGACAGGAUCAGCGUUUACUACAAUGAGGCUACAGGUGGCAAGUAUGUACCCCGUGCCAUUCUUGUGGACCUGGAGCCCGGCACCAUGGACUCUGUGCGUUCCGGCCCUUUCGGACAGAUCUUCAGACCAGACAACUUUGUGUUUGGCCAAAGCGGUGCUGGCAACAACUGGGCGAAGGGUCACUACACAGAGGGAGCAGAGCUGGUAGAUUCAGUGCUGGAUGUUGUGCGUAAGGAGGCCGAGAGCUGCGACUGCCUGCAGGGCUUCCAGCUCACACACUCUCUGGGUGGAGGCACCGGCUCCGGCAUGGGUACCCUCCUCAUCAGCAAGAUCCGUGAAGAGUACCCCGACCGCAUCAUGAACACAUUCAGCGUGGUGCCCUCGCCCAAAGUGUCCGACACCGUGGUGGAGCCUUACAACGCCACCCUGUCCGUGCAUCAGCUGGUGGAGAACACUGACGAGACAUACUGCAUCGACAACGAGGCUCUCUACGACAUCUGCUUCCGCACCCUCAAACUGACCACGCCCACUUACGGCGACCUCAAUCACUUGGUCUCUGCGACCAUGAGCGGCGUAACCACCUGCUUGCGCUUCCCAGGUCAACUCAACGCCGAUCUCCGCAAACUGGCCGUCAACAUGGUGCCCUUCCCCCGUCUGCACUUCUUCAUGCCCGGCUUUGCACCCCUCACCAGCAGGGGGAGCCAGCAGUACCGCGCCCUGUCCGUUCCCGAGCUCACACAGCAGAUGUUCGACGCCAAAAACAUGAUGGCCGCCUGCGACCCUCGCCACGGCCGCUACCUGACCGUGGCCGCUGUCUUCCGCGGACGCAUGUCCAUGAAAGAGGUGGACGAGCAGAUGCUCAACGUCCAGAACAAGAACAGCAGCUACUUCGUCGAGUGGAUCCCCAACAACGUCAAGACCGCCGUUUGCGACAUCCCACCCCGUGGCCUCAAGAUGGCCGCCACCUUCAUCGGUAACAGCACGGCCAUCCAGGAGCUGUUCAAGCGCAUCUCCGAGCAGUUCACCGCCAUGUUCCGCCGCAAAGCCUUCUUGCACUGGUACACCGGCGAGGGCAUGGACGAGAUGGAGUUCACCGAGGCUGAGAGCAACAUGAACGACCUGGUGUCUGAGUACCAGCAGUACCAGGACGCCACAGCCGAGGAGGGCGAGUUCGAGGAGGAGGGCGAAGAGGAAGUCGCCUAAAUUGCGAAAAAAAAAAAGAUCUAUGGCCGAAUGCUGGUGCACCACAACAGAACACACCCCAUCAAACUCCUGAAUCCUCUGAAUCAUACCUCCCUCCCUUAUCAUGAAUUGUGAUGAAUUGUGUUGGCAAAAGAGGCAAAGCGGUUUUCUACAUCUUUUUUAAAAAACCUCAACUCUUGGUCUCAUUGUCUCAUGGUCUCAUGGUCAUUCCGAUUUGGCAUUGACAGUGACAUUUUCAAUCAAUCGUAUUGCAAGUAUUGUUCGGUUUGACUUUGUGUUUUUGUACAUUGUGAAUGAAUGCACUUCACCAUCAUCUCCCCCUCACACAUUGCUUUGCAGUCAAGUAAAAAUAAUGUGGUUUUAACUGUGAAGCCUUCAGAUCUGAAAGGUAUUUCUGUCCAAUUGUGUCUGAAUAAAGGCUAAUUCUACACCCUU